AUUUUUGGUGUCUUCCCGUUACUUAGCACUUGCGCUCACAUAUUCACUUGGACUUGAACAUAUCAAGGGAUGGGAUCGGGGAUGGCCAAAGUGCCCUGUUUUGCCGAUUUGAUUUAGAAACUGUGGCGUGAGACCGUUUAUUUUGCGCAUGCUUGGUUAGUACAUCCGUUCCAGAAACCGGGAAAUAUUCACAAAAAUAUUAGCAAAAUGAAGCCUAUAAUGUUACACGGCCAUGAGAGGUCGAUAACCCAGAUCAAGUACAACAGAGAAGGUGAUUUAUUGUUCUCAGCUGCAAAGGAUGCACAGCCCAAUGUAUGGUACACUCUCAAUGGAGAGAGACUAGGAUCAUUUAAAGGACACAAUGGCGCCGUGUGGUGCAUAGAUGUCAAUUGGGAUACAUCAAGGUUUCUCUCAGGGGCUGCAGACAACUCAUUGCGACUAUGGGACUGUGAAACAGGGAGCACAAUAUCUGAAGUUACAACCAACACUGCAGUGAGGUCUUGUCAGUUCUCAUACAGCGGCAAACAGCUUAUGUUCACUACAGAUAAAACUAUGGGGCAUCCUUGUGAAAUACACAUAUAUGAUGUUAACAGUUUUAGUGAACCAGUAGCAAUAAUGCCAGUCCAUGGACCAAAGGUGACAAGCGCCAUCUGGGGACCAAUGGAUAACAUGAUCAUCACAGGACAUGAGAAUGGAGAUCUUUGCCAAUGGGAUUUAGCUACUGGGGAUAACACCAAGGUUGUACAAGAACACAGUAAACAAAUCAAUGAUAUCCAGAUGACAAAAGACCAGUCUAUGAUUAUCACUGCAUCCAAAGAUACCACCGCUAAGCUUUUUGAUGUAAGGACAUUAGAAAAGAUGAAGACUUAUAAAACUGAAAGACCUGUCAACUCUGCUGCAAUCUCCCCCAUCAAACCACAUGUUGUUUUGGGAGGUGGUCAAGAGGCCAUGGAUGUAACUACCACCUCAACCAAGAUUGGAAAAUUUGACGCUAGGUUCUUUCAUAUAGUUCUUGAGGAUGAAUUUGGCAGGGUUAAAGGUCAUUUCGGACCAAUCAACAGCGUUGCUUUUCAUCCUGAUGGAAAAGGGUACAGCAGUGGUGGAGAAGAUGGAUAUGUUAGAGUGCACAAUAAAUUUGACGAAUCUUAUUUCCAAUUUGAAUUUGAAUACUAGGCUAUUUAAUAGUGCAUACGAUUACUGAAUAGACACAUUCGUCAUUUGGUGUUGAAUGUUUCUUAAGACAUUGAGUUAAUAUGGAUGUACGGAAUAAUGAAGAGACAUUGAGGCAUUUUCACCCGGGAAAAAUUGUAUUUUACGUAAUAUUUAUAGUAAUCUUGAGUGAAAAUAAAUGGUCUCAAAAUAGGAAAUUAUGGUGUUCAUUUGGUUAUUUAGAAUAGUCAAUUUUAUGUCAUCACUACAAGCAUUUGUAACAAAUAACAGAUGUUGACAUUUUGUCAUGUUAAUGCCUUGUUUCCAACUGCCACUGAGACUGGACAAACAUGUUCGGAUGAG